UGAUUCUUAUAUUUUUGAAGCAAAAUUUUAUGCUUUAGAAUUAUUGACUGGACAAAAUAGAAUGGCUUGAUUGUUAUAGAAGUUGUGAUUGAGGGCUUUUUAGUACCUAAUACAAAAUGUAAUUCAUUGUUAAGAUCAAUAGUAAAUUCAGUUUUAUUUUUUACUUUCAGUUUUGGCUUAGAUGAAUGUGUUCAACUUUUGUGGGUCUAGAAGUGUGAUUAAAAUGUAAUGAUUCUUUUUGUAUUGAAAAAUGAAAGUCUAAGAAUCAAAUGUAAAAUGGUCGUAAAAAAGUAAAGAUUAAAAUUACUUUUAGCUAAUUUAAGAGGACCGUCAAAAAUUUAAUACCAAUCCUAUUUUCAAGUAGUAAAACGAUAAAUAAAAUGUCGAGAUGGGUCUAUUUUUAAAUUUUUUCUAAAUUGUGAUUGGCAACAAUAUGUAAGGUCCUCAAAAGAAUGCAUCGCAUAAAGUUUAAGCCUCUAGAUUCAGUGUACAUGAUCCUGUAUUAAUGAUAGAGAAGGAAAGCAUUUUAUUAAAAUUAAUUUAUUAUAUGAACUUAAAGGUAAUUAAAGGGUGUAAAAAGCAUUCUUUAAUAAGGAGGC